UCGCACGCUCGCGGUGAACUCGCUCAGGUGGACGGGCCUUGCGCACCGGCCGUGAGCCUUUCGCCAAAGCGCUGCGGCUGACCACACGCGCUCGUGCGUGUGUGUGUGCGAGACGCGCGCCGCUUCAACGCCACCCACCGCGCCGCAGCAGCCUCGCACCAUCCCGGCACAAGACAUCGGGGUGGCUCGACACGUCGAACGCAACUGUCGCACUUGUUUGCUGGCGGCGAAACCGCGCGACGUCUGCAAGAAGAAAAAGAAACUCCGUCGACAGACUGUUCGCCGCAAGACGACCUUGCUGAGCUUCGGCUACUUCAGUGGCACACAGUGACGCAAGAGCGGUGGUGAGGAGCUGCGUCUCUUCCGUCGGCACGAGAACCGGACAAGUAAGACAGUGUCACCGACCGACUUUCUGCGGACCAUCGAGGCGACUUAGAGGGUGACGACCGAGUGAUUUCUUGGAAAGUGUGGAUAUUGUAUAAAACUCAUCCGGCCUUCGAACCGAGAGAGCCACUGUUCGGAUUUCAUAAACAGGCUUUGCUCGGGACGGGGGGCUGAGCUUGUGACUGAGCGGCACACGUUUUGGAUUCACGCGCACAUUGGGGCGCAAACUUUGUGUGCCGCUUCGAACCAACCGCACGGAUUAGCUGUUUAAGAGUGACGUGCAGAGCCCACGAUGGCCACCUGAGUGCGCCAGCGGAGAGCUCCCACCGCCACCAGCACCGAGACCGCCGCGAUGGCGGCAGCGUCGCCCCAAGUACCCCGCUGUGUGCGCAUGCGUAACCAGAGGACACUCUGGAGGUGGCUACUCGCCUCCUUCGCCCUUGCGCUUUCCUGUGCGCCGGGGGCCCACUCUCAGUCAUGCCAGUUCUACCCGUUGGGAGAAAACAGACGGUUCGAGAGAGUCUCGGAAAACAUCCAAGUCGGACAAGAAGUGUUCCGGGUGGAAGUGCACCCGCGACGGGACCUGCGCGUUGAGGCAAUGGACAACAGUUUAAGCGAUAUCAACUAUUUCCGACACGAGGAUAUCGAUGACCGCACUGUCUCCAUAAAGGUCGCCAAGUCGCUGGAAGACCUGGUUGACCGGCCCGAUCCUCAGAGCGUCUUGAAGUUCAAGCUCACCUGCCGAGGAGCUUCGGGAACGGACGAAGCCUUUCUGCCGGUCACCGUCUACAUCCAGGACGUGAAUGACCACGCUCCGGAGUUCCAGAACGUGCCCUACCACCUCGAAGUGGACGAGCUGACACCAGUAGGACUGACUGUCUUCCGAGGCGUGCACGCCAUUGACCGAGACAAGCCGAACACACCAAACUCCGACGUCACAUACGCCAUUGUGGGCGGCAACGAGAACAACUCAUUCGCCUUGUCCGAUCCCCUGGAGGGCAUCAUCGUCAUCAACAAGCCUCUAGACUACGACCACGGACCUAGAGAGUACCGGCUUGAAAUUCAAGCGCGGGAUCACGGUUCUCCCGAAAGCUUCCAGUCCGUGACGAGCGUUACGAUCCGCGUGAAAGACGCCGACGACCAGAACCCUGUGUUUACGCGCCAGAUCUACAAGGCCAACGUCACGGAAGCAGCGGUCAUCACGGGCGCUCGGCUCCGAGUGAAGGUUCAGACGGACGCGCCGGUGAGCGCGUUCGACCAGGACCUGGGAAUCAACGCGCCUCUCCGCUACUCCAUCAUCCACGGAAACGAACUCGGGAUCUUCGAGCUUCAAGAACAGACUGCCGAACUGUUCAUGGUUCGAGAAGUGGAUCUCGAAGCCUUGCCUACCCCUGUCUUCACUCUCCAAGUCCAGGCGACACAGAUGGACAACUCGCUGCGCUACGCGCUGACCAAGGUCGAAGUGUCGGUGAUCGACAUCAACGACAACGUACCCGUGUUCGACUACGACAUGUACAACAUCACCGUCAUGGAGAACCUGCCGCCUGGCUUCACCGUCGUUCAGGUGCACGCCAUCGACAGGGACACGGGCGAAAACGCAGACUUCCUGUACCAUUUGGUCGACGACACUGGCGGCUUCUCGAUCGACGAGAAGGAAGGCUGGAUCCGUGUGCGGGAUCCGUCCAAGAUGGACAGGGAGAAGGUUGACAAGCUGACCAUGAGGGUUCUCGCACUGGAGCGCAAGCCUAACGUGAACCCGGAUGCCAAGGCCAGUACCACGGUAGUGGAGGUCUCUCUGUUGGACGCCAACGACAACAACCCGAAGUUCCUGCCCGAAGGCGUGUACGUGUUCAGCGUCACCGAAACAGACCCGCCCGGAACCACCAUCGGAUCGGUGGUUGCGGUGGAUCCGGACAUGGGCGACAACGGACGUGUGGUGUAUUUCAAGCAGAACGACACCUUGAGCUCAAGCGUACCUUUCGGCGUGCACCCAUUCAACGGCUCGGUGUACGUGCUGGAACAGUUCCGAGACAUCGCCGUCAAGCCCGACCGAUACACUUUCUUCGUCAUCGCCUCCGACGUCGCCAAGAGCGUCCACGAGAGGAGGACCGCCGUGGCAGUGGUGCACGUGAACGUGACCGACGUGAACAACAACGUUCCCGAGUUUGCGGGAGCGCCGUACGAGGCGCACGUCGGCGAAUCGCUUCCCGCGGGGGCCCUCGUCACUCAGGUGUCGGCUAAGGACUUGGAUGCCAACACGGUGCUCACGUACUCCAUCAUUGCUGGCAAUGACGACGAGACAUUCCACAUGCAUCCUCACACGGGAAUCGUCACAACUGGCACCGUCCUGGACUACGAGAAGAAACAGUCGUACGACCUUUUGAUUCAAGUAUCGGACGGCUUCAACACGGCCGUGUCUCCGCUCACCGUGCACGUCGUGGACAUCAACGAUCAGCAGCCCGUGUUCACGCACAACUACUACAAUUUCUCGGUCGUCGAGGAAAUGACCGACAACGUGACGGUGGGAACCAUCAGGGCCAUCGACCGCGACUCUGGUCGCAACGCCGCCAUUCGUUACACAAUCUUGGGCGAGCACGCCAACGGUGCGCUCUUGGUGGACGAGGAAGGCAACAUCGUGACCAAGCGCAGCCUGGACCGCGAGCGCGAGUCCAAGCUCGAGUUCCUGGUCAUUGCGUUCGACGGCGGCAUCCCGCAGCUCAGUGGCACCACCACGGUAGCGGUGCAGGUGGAGGACAUCAACGACAAUCCGCCUUACUUUGACGGCGACACCUUCUUCGUUCAAGUGCCUGAGGAACAGGACCCGCCCAUCGAGGUCUUCAAGCUGAUGGCCAAGGACGCUGACCUGGGCGACAACGCUGUGAUGAAGUACCGCAUCAUCGGCGGCAACGACGACGGCGCCUUCGCGGUGAACGAGGACACGGGAGCCGUGAGCACCAGCAAGCGACUAAACUUUGAGACGCAAGCAGAGUACGCGCUCCAGGUGGCCGCCUUCAACGUCAAGCCGUUCCAGGGCCCCAACGCCGCCAUCAUGGGCAACCCGGUGGUCAACCUCAUCGUCAAGGUCCAGGACGUGAAUGACGAGCUGGUGACGUUUGAGCGCAGCUCCUACAACUUCCGCAUUUGGGAAAACACGACGCGCAGCGAGACUGUCGGUUUCCUAAACGCCACCAACCAGCACAGAGAGUCCGGAAACCAGCAGGUGACCUUUUGGAUCGCCGAGGGCAACGCGCAAGGCAAAUUCUGGAUCAACCCGAGCACGGGCGAGCUGGUUCUCAUGGACAGCGUGGACCGGGAUCCUCCGGAGAACCAGGUUCAAUUUCGGCUCAAAGUGUUCGCGCGGGAUCUGCAAUCCAUCGCGCCAUUCAACACUUCGGUGCCCGUGAUCAUCGACGUGCUCGACGUCAACGACAACGCGCCUACCUUUGGUGAAGAGAAGUUUGCUCUCGAGCUUCCUGAAAGUCUUCCGCUGGGGACCGAACUGCCAGCAUUCUACAAGGCACGCGAUAUCGAUGCUGGACCCAAUGGACAAAUCGUUCGCUUCAUGAUCGAGGGAUCAGAGGAUAAGUUCUUCGUGAACAACAUGACCGGGGCCCUGACGCUCAUCUCGGACCUGGACUACGAGACGGCCGAAACGCACGAAUUCACCGUGUUCGCCAUUGACGGCGGAACUCCACCCAAGACUGGGUCGGCGAGCAUCAUCAUUUCUGUGCAGAACAUCAACGAAUACAGCCCCGAGUUCAUCGGCCUUCCGUACAACUUCUACGUGGCCGAAAAUGCGGCGCGUGGCACUAGCGUGGGUCAAAUCCAGGCGCUGGACAAGGAUGGAAACAAGAUCGCAUACACCCUCUCCGACGGGGACACAGAGUACUUCGGCAUCGAGGCGGACACUGGCAAGCUGUACGUGCGCAAGAACCUGGACUCUCGCACCGAGUAUGCGCUCGUGGUCGCUGCCACAGACGACGGCCAGCCCGAGACACGCACGCUGGGCGUCCAGGUGACCGUGUACGUCAAGGAAGUCAACAACUACCCGCCCGUCUUCUCCCACUCCAGCUACAAGGGCACCGUGCUCGAGAAGUACGCCACCGACCGCGUCAUUAUCAAGCUCAUCGCCACGGACAAGGACUUGCAGAACAACACCAUCACAUACAACAUCUCAAGUGGCAACGACGACAACAUAUUCCUGAUCGACCACCAGACAGGCGAUAUCCGCGUCAAUCCAGCAACAGUUAAUCUUCUUGACUACGACCGCAAGAAACAAUUCGUCAUGCUGGUACAGGCCAAAGAUUCUCACAACACACCUCUGUACGGCUUGUCGAUGGUUACCAUUGAUGUCCUGGAUUCCAAUGACCACGCACCAACAUUCUCGAAGACAGCUUAUUCGGCAUCGCUACCUGAAAAUCUACCGGCUGGGCACUGCUUCUUGAGCAUCCACGCUGAAAGCGGCGACUCCGUGGACCAGCUGACGUACGAGAUCCUCAACAAGGACGUCCCGUUCACGGUUAACGCGCGCACGGGCGACGUGUGCACGUCGCAGGUGCUGGACCGCGAGCGCCGCGACUCGUACGAGUUCGCCGUGGCAGCGUCUGACGGCAAGUUCGACGUGAAGGCGCCCGUCAGCAUCGAAGUGGUGGACGAAAACGACAACCCGCCGCGGUUCGAGAAGGAGCGCUACACGGUCAGCAUUCCGCACGACUCCCAGGCCGGUCGCUCGGUGAUCCAGCUGCACGCCAUCGACCUGGACGUGGCCAACAACGGCGAGAUCACCUACUGGAUCAAGAACACGCACGGAAUCUUCGAGAUCGACGCUAAGACGGGCCUGGUGCGCAUGGCGGCCGGCCUGCCGCUCAACGCCAUGCGAAACCUGAGCUACGAGAUGGAGGUGUUCGCGCAGGACCACGGCGCCGCGUCAAACAUCGGCAAGACUUUGCUGCUGGUCCGCGUGUCGAGCACCCACAACAGCCCGCCCGUGUUCGAGCGGUUCGCCUACAGCGUGAGCGUGGACGAGAACGCGGCCAACGUGCCGCUGGUGCAGGUGCACGCCUCGGACCCGGACCCAGGCAGUGCGGGCAAAGUGCUGUACCGCAUCGCGCGGGCCACGCGCCGCGAGACGUUCCGAAUAGACUCGCAGACUGGCAAGAUAACGCUGGUGGCGCCGCUCGACUACGAGCAGGUCAAGCACCUCGAAGUGUUUGUCGAAGCACGCGACGACGCCGCCGAACCCCAGUUCGCCACAACCAUCGUGCAGGUUACCGUGAACGACGUGAACGACAAUGCCCCAGAGUUCCUGUCUAUGCCUCGACUACUGAGGAUUCCGGAAACCACGUCGCAGAACGAGCUCGUCUACCGCGUACAGGCAAUCGAUCUCGACUCGUCCGCCGGUGGCAACAACGACAUCAAGUUCGAGCUGCAUCCUCCCAGCCAACGCUUCUCCAUUCAUCCCAAGACGGGGCAGGUGUUCGCCACUCAGCCACUUCAGCCCGGAACCGAGCUGCUGCGAAUCGUCGCUACCGACAGUUCCAUUUAUCCUCUCAUGAGCGCCGUGGAGAUGCGGGUGGAGGUGUACAAGGACUCGGUGGACGAACCGACACCAGCCUUCUCGGCAGUCCAGUACACGGUGGACUCGGCGUCCAUCAUUGAGGCCGGCUCGACCGUUCUCGAAGCACGCGCCACGGUGCCCAACGGAAGCCCCGUCUGGUACAACAUCACCGGAGACGACGGCUCCCACGUGCGACGAUUCUCAAUCAACCACGACACCGGACGAAUUGUUACGACAACGCGACUCGAUGCAGAGAAGCAAUCUGUCUACCACUUCAUGGUGGUGGCCCUCAACAGGAACGAUCCACAGCACCAAGCUGAAGCAGGCGUUGUUGUUCGCUUGACCGACAAAAACGUUAGGUGUCCCAAGUUCCCGUUCACGGAGUACUUCGCCUCCAUUCAAGAAAACUCCCCUCCUGACACCAUCGUGCUUCCUAACCUCAUCGCUGAAGACGUUGAAAAGUUUGGCAAGAUAUCGUAUCAAAUCACGGAAGACAAUUCCGAUGACAACUUCAUGCUGGACACAAAGCAAAACCUUAUUUCUCUGCGAGUGAAGAAACCCCUGGACAGAGAUAGCAUGCCGACUAUUCUUCAAGGUGUCUACACGCUAACGGUCACGGCCAGCAACUACAAGUGCUCAGGAAGCAGCCGAGUCAAGGUCUUCGUGGAAGACGUCAAUGACAACAGCCCAGUGUUCGAACAAAACGACUACGUCGUUGAGCUGGAAGAGAAUACACCGCCAGGUCAGACUGUCACUCACCUCAGUGCCGCUGAUCGUGAUGGCUUGGAUCUCGGAAAGAUUCGGUACUAUAUCAUAGAAGGAAACGAAGGGGAAGAUUUCAGCAUGGACGAAACGACCGGCAUCAUAUCGGUCAGGAUUAUUCCGGACCGUGAAAAGACGCCAGAUUUCAUGCUAAAGGUUCUAGCCGUCGAUUCUGCUAACAACACGGGCCGUGCAAGUGUUCACAUUGUCAUCAAGGACACUAACGAUUGGACUCCCACGUUCCUUAACGACACCUUCUACCUGAAUGUCACCGAAGGACCCCCGAGCAUUGGUGCCUACGUUCAGCUGCCCGUCGCCGACUACGACGACGGAAUCAACAGACAAGUAGAGCUGUACAUCGUCGAUGGCAACAACGAGAACCAGUUCCGGCUUGGCGUAAACGAAAACGGGGCCGUGCUCAGAGUGGUAUCCGAGCUUGACCGAGACAAGUACAAGGUUCCGGAAUCUGCUUUGCACCUGGUCAUUGUGGCCGCCAGGGACAUGGGAACUCCCUCCAGGACCGGCUCUACCACAGUUGCAGUUUUCAUCCAGGACGUCAACGACAGCCCUCCGCAGUUUGAGAAAGAGGCCUACUACGAGUUCGUUUCCGAGAGUGCGUCCGUGGGCACGGUCAUCGAUACCGUCAAAGCCACGGAUCCUGACUCAGCGAUGAACACUAACAUGACCUACUCAUUUGCUCGGGGCACCAGCAAACGAGUGCCUUUCAUGAUCGACCCCGUCCUGGGAACGGUGAACAUCACCCGAGCACUCGACAUUUCGGAGAGCCAGGAGUACUCACUGACUGUGGAAGCAAAUGACGGCCUCUGGAAAGCGGCGGCUCCCAUGAAGAUUUACGUCAGCGAAGCCGAGGAGCGUGAUCCGAGGUUCGAUCAGCUCCACUACAAGUUCAAGGUUCUCGAGAACAUCCCCGGUGCCAUUGUGGGCCAAGUGGAACUCCAGACGAGGACCAUCCGCGCCAACAGCCAGAUGCGCUACAGCAUUAUCAACACUGAAGUGCGACCCUUCUUUAACAUCACAAAGGAUGGAGAGAUAUUCACAAAGAUCGGCUUGGAUCGUGAGAAGAGGAGCAAGUACACGUUUACGGUCAUGCUGGAAGAGAAGCGACCGACAACCAAAGUGAGCGUCAGCGAAGUGUCCGUAGAGGUCGUCGAUGUCAACGACGAGGUACCGACGUUCAUGCAGUCAUACCAGGGAACCAUCAGGGAAAACUCACAACCAGGAACUUUAGUCACAGUGAACCCGACUAUCAUGGCCGUCGACAACGACAGUGGUAACAACUCCGUGGUCCACUACUCUCUUGGCGGCCAGGGCAGCGACCUGUUCACUAUCCUUGACUCUGGAGUGGUGAUUUUCAGCGGCGGAAAUCCGGUCACCGUCCUUGACCGUGAGCUCGCCGACCGCUACGAGCUUCUGGUGACCGCCCGAGACCUUGGCAAUCUUUCCUCAACCACGUACCUGACCAUCAAGGUGGAAGACGAGAACGACAACGCGCCCACGUUCCAGCAUGGGCCUCUGCGCGUACUGCUUCCAGAGACGGCGCGGCCGGGUGCCCGCGUCGCUCAGGUGUCGGCCAUCGACGCUGAUGAGAAGGGACCCAACUCCAAGGUCGAGUACUCCAUCGUGUCUGGCGCCCGGGGCAACGUGCGCAUCGACCGUCAGACCGGCGAGAUCUUCGUAGUAGGUGCUCUGAAGCCCGAGACCGUGUACCUGCUGAAUGUAUCCGCAUCAGACGGCCGUGGCCUGGCCAACCUGAUAGUGGUGAACAUCACUGUGCUGGACGUCAACGACCACAAGCCUACUUUCGUGAAACCCGAAUACAGCUUCAGCAUCACAGAAGGCAACUACAAGGAACAGCGCGCAAGGCUUGGUGUGCUCCGGGCAGUCGACGAGGACCGUGGGAAGAACGGCGCCGUCGACUACGCCAUCGUUGCCAGGAAAGACCAGAACCUUCCGUUCCAUGUAGAUGUGCAUACAGGAGAACUGUUUGCCACUGGUAUACUAGACAGGGAAACCAAGUUCAAGUAUUACUUCCAUGUUCUUGCUUUGGACAACGGAGACCCUCCGCAAAACUCGACAGUGAACAUUACUGUCACCGUUGAAGACGCCAACGACGAGAAACCAAGGUUCUUCACUGAUCCGUACUUGGCUCAAAUUCCGGAGAACCUCGACCCUGGUCAAAAGGUGACGCAGAUCCGCGCAUUCGAUCCUGACACCGGGGAAAAUGGUCUCGUCUUCUACAAGCUUGGAGGUGGACAUGAUAACAAAUUCUACAUUGACAGCAAAGACGGCACCGUGUGGACUUUGAGCAAGCUGGACUUCGAGAAGCAGGAGUUCUAUAACAUGACCGUAGUGGCGUACGACCAGGGCAAGCCCAGCAUGAGCGCCACGGCCAAGCUCUGGGUCACUGUGACCGAUCGCAACGACGUAGUGCCAGAGUUCCCCAAAUCUGUCUACACUCUCGAGGUGGCCGAAAACACACGUGUCGGCGACGUUGUCUACACCCUGGACGCUGGACCCGGCAACUUCCUCUACACGCUGGACAAUCCCAACGAGGUAGAUACGUUCUCGGUGGAGCCUAGCACGGGUGAAAUUCGACUGGCCAAGGCACUGGACAGCAUCCAUCAGAGCCACUACCGACUCGUUGUGUCGGCCACCGACGACGGAGACCCGCCAAAAUCUGACCACGCCGAGGUCAACAUCAUCAUCGGUAGCGGACAAGGAGUGCGAUUGUUCCCACUUCGAAUGUAUGAGGUGCUUGUGUUCGAAAAUCAGCUGGCGCCUCAGGUUAUUCUUGACCUGAACGCAACGGAAGAAAUCGCUCACAGGCCCGUUCAGUAUGCGAUAGUUGGCAACAAUUACAACGGACUCUUCGCUAUCGAGCCCGACACAGGACGACUGUCGGUGACCUCUAGCCUGGACAGAGAAGCCAUACCCAAAUACGUGGUCAAAGUGCGAGCCAUGAACAAGAAACGAGUGGGCCGAGCAGUGCGAGAGAGUGCGGCGGCCAAGAAGGGCAGGAAGCCCGAGGAGGAGUCGGCGCACGUCGCUUUCGACGAGGCCCUCGUCGUGGUCAACGUGGGUGACGAAAACGACAACUCGCCCGUCUUCGACCACCAGGGCAAGCCCAUCGUGGCCGCCGUCCCUCUCGAGGCCUCCUUCGGCUAUCAAGUCACUAAGCUGCACGCCACCGACGCCGACACAGGCUUCAACGGCGCCAUCCGCUACGAAAUUAUCCAAAAGCCCGAGGAUGCGUCGUCCAAGUUCCAGAUCGAUCCAGUGACCGGCGUGGUGCGCUCUGUGGUUACCUUCUCCCUGGACGGCGGGAAAAUGUACGGAUUCGACGUCAAGGCCGUCGACCGCGAGGGCUCUGAAGGAGGAAACGCCGCCGUAGCCAAUGUCUUCGUUUACGUGCUGCCGGAAACAAAACUAGUCCUUUUCGUUACCGACACACCUCCGGUGCACGUUGAGCAACACAUUGACAGAAUACUUGGGUACCUCGGUAACAUCACGGGAUUCCAAGUGAAAAUGGCGAAGCUAGAACCUCAUCAUGAGGACGAAAUGGAGCAUCCAGAAUCGUCUGAUUUGUUCCUGUACGCAAUCAACAAGGAUACCAAUGAGAUCGUUGACACGGACACGCUACUCAACGUGCUGAACGAGAACUCGCAAGUGAUCGUGCGCUACCUGGAGACGUUCCGAAUCCGGCGCAUUCAGGGCGUGUCUGUGCAGGAGAAGAUCAGUCAGAUGGGCACCACUGAGAUCGCCAUCAUCGCCCUCAGCAGCGUCAUUUUCCUGGGCGCCGUGCUGGGCAUUGUGCUGCUCUGCUCUUCCUGCCAGAGGAAAAAGCUUCGUAAACGCCAGAAAACUUGGGAGCAGCAGCGGUUGUACAGCAUCAAGAACCCGCUGAUGGGCAAAGCAGUGGCCAACCCGUACGGCGGCGGGAGGGUCUCAGCUGGCCCUCCGCCCAUCGGAGUGCCACCCUCUAAUCUGCAGUACAACAACGUCGAUGACGUUCCCAUGGAUUACAAUGACAGCAUCACAGACACCUACUCUGUAAAUAAACACAACAGGAUGAAACUACGACAAACUGCCCCUGACGGCGCAUCAUCUCUCAACCCGCCGCGUAGCCCACGCUUUGAGAGAUACGGAAAGAAUGAGAACGGCUGGUACGACAAUAGGGAUGUGGAGACUGUAAAAUCUGACAUGACUGGUUCGAACUUCACGAGCUGGUCUUCGAGAAGGUCCCAUCAGUCACGAAGCAAACCUGUGACGGAGUUAUGAGCCGACCGCAUAAGCGUCGCCAACUAGUGCGUCAGAUUUUUUUUUUUCUUCUUCUUCUCUUACUUCCUCGCCCUAACGCAAGCGCUGGCAAAAAAAGAGAAAAAAUUUGAAAAAAGAUGAAUGCGCAAAGAGGGAAUGAGCAAGCGCAGCAGCUGCCAGCGGGCCUCCCACGUCGGACGGCCAGCCACCAGUAACAACAAGCAAGCCUCAUUUGACUAAUAAGCGCUAACCGGCAACGUGCUGCUGCUAUUAAGCAAAGCCAAGGCGUGACCCAUCCAAGAACGGCUUCUUGUCUUGGACUACGCAAGUGCGCGUUGUGUUUUACCCUCACCCUUUUUUUUUAUUUUUUUCUUCACGUUCCCCCCCUCCUUGGCUUCGAAUGAGCAACACGCAUUCUGUUUUUCCAGUGCAACGCACAUUUAGUCAUUGGACUUUGUGACGAAGCCCAAGACGCCGGACUCUGUUGAACAGACUGGGUGCGCAGUGCUCUGCGAGUGGAUGCAUUCCGCGACGAAAGAAAGUGCCUUGUCCAAGCCGCCGUCACGCCCGCCGCCGCCGCCACUGCUGUCGCCGCCACGCUGCAUCGGUUCUCGUUCCGCGUUGCGUACGCGGAUGAACACUGGGGAACCGAGGACGCGCGUGUGUGCUGCAUCUGUGCGUGUGUUUCUGUGUGUGUGUAUCUUUUUUUUUUUUUUUUCUUGGUGCGACCCCAAACCUGUGAGCAUGCUCAGAGAAAAACAAAUACCGUAGCGUUAUACACAUGUAGAACAAACAGUCUAUUGCCAAAAGCGGCGGCUUGCUUCGAAGCGGCGUGCCUGGCGAGCCGCCACCGCCAACUGUUCGCGGCUUGCACGACCGAGCACUGCUGCAGGUGGGGAGACCUUCACGCGCGAACAUGUAGGGCAUCGUCGCGUGAUGACCGAGUGUUGCUCGCUCCUCGUGGUAGCUCGUAACGUUGUGCCCCCGACGCACAGCAAUGUGUAGUACGCGUGGCAGAGACCACUGGGGUGGGCACCAGCGCGCCCUAACUAACGCAUAGCGGCUCGCAACCCUACACGUCGAAGUCGCCUUUUAGCGGCUUUGGGCCGCAACACUCCCGUCUUCUCCACCUCCUCUAACCCGCAACAAACAGAGCAGGCUCUUCCGUGCAUCAUCUGCGCCUGAAGACGGGCCUAUAUCGAGAAGACGGUGUCGUCGGUAUAGACUCACGCCGCGCGUUGUUCCACUCCUGUAGAGUUGCAUCUCUCAGUAUCCAUAACAAUGCCGGAAAAGAGAGAGAGAGAGAGAGCACUAACUCAGGUGUACUUUUUUUUUUUUAUCGACCAUUUUUUCGAGGCGGCAGUAUGCUUAAAUGCUUGAACACUAGAAGUCACACGCGUUUAGCGUCGUGUUGUUUCCCCCGUAAUAUAUAUAUAUAUUUUUUUUUUCUGUCGUCGUUGUCGUCGCAUGAGUCAUUUCCAUCACGAGCGAAACUAUAAUCUGGACCUAUAGAUGUACAGUCAUCUUAGAACACUUAGAUAUUCUGUGUACGUGCAUGUGAAACUCGUCAAUGUUUCAAGCAACUCACUGAACGGUUCAAGCUACUCGAUUUUCGCGCUUAGCGGCAUUUUUUUUUUUUUUUUCCUCGCCGAGGCAUCAUUUCCCUUACAUACUCCAGAAUGACUGUGCAUCUCUCGGAAACGCCACGAACUAUAAGUAUCGGCGUGUAAGUCAUUUUUUCGUGCACUUGAAGUGCGCCAAAUUUACUGACAGAACAAUUGCAAUGUAAUGUAAUUGGAAACGCUGCCACAAACAGUGAGAAAAGUCCGACUGUUCUUUGUUCACUAACGAAAAAAAAAAAAAAACUCUUCAUCGUCAUAAUAUGUGCAGUGUAGUAUGACUUGUACAUAGCGAAUAUUUGUAUACUGCCGCAAACGAACCUAAUUUUUGUAAGAAAUAAAGCUCAUAUAAGUCAC